CGGAACCCCGGGGGACCGCUGCCCUGCCACUGCCUCCGGCCACUGGGCCGGUGCCUGAUUUUAGACGCGGCGACCCGGGCACCUGCUGCCGCGGCCCUCAUCCUCGCCCGUCGUUGGGCAGGCUGCGGCCCUGGCGAGUCAGAGCGUCUGUCAUGGGAACGGGGGAGGGGAGGGGGCGGUGUCCAGGGACGGUGCCCAUUUCCCAGGGGCGGCCCCGGACGCGUCGCCUGCGGGACCUGAGCCGAGGAGCCCCCGCUUUGUCCUUCUUCCAAGGCUCUCCUGCCGCGCAGCGGCGUUUUCCUCUGGUAACGGCCAGAAUGAGCGGUGAAGGCUGCUCUUUAUCCUGCAUUGCCAAGUGAAACUUGUCGUUUUAGAAACGUAUACCGAAAAUUGGCGCAUCUCCUGUGCUUCUCUAGGGUGUAUUAGGAAACUGGGCCGGUCACUGUCAGGAUUGUCCUGUCGGUAGGUCGGGAGGAGAAGAAAUGGGAGAGAAACGUACCCUCCCAAAGAUUUUCCUGCCAAAGUGCUUUUCGAACUGCCUCUUAGGUGGUGGUUUUUCUUUUUCUGGAACCAAGUAAAAACUGCAGGUAAAAAUCAGGAGGAAGGUCUCUCAAGACUUCUGGCCAGGCAACCUUUUUAACGUUUUUCCGAACGCGAACUGGUAGGAACGAAAGACUGGAAUUUGAGAAGAAAAGGUUUUGGUGUGGAUUGGUGAUGAGUGCUUUACUUUUCAAUGAUGUUUUAAUAAUAAUGCUUUAUUUUUUAAUGGUAUUUUUGAAAAUGGCUACUAAAAUGUUCUUUUGAAAGCCUUGCUCUUUCACACCCUCCCCCAGAAGCCUUUAAAACGUCUGAUUGGAAACAUUUGUAGAGAGAAGCAUUUGGUAGCACAUUGAUACAUAAAAUUUCUAAAAUACAUAAAACCAAAAUGAAGAAGAUAAACUUUCGCCAUUCAAGUAAUCAUUGUGAAUAUGGUUACACUGAGGAUAACACCUCCAGUCUUCUAUGCAGAGGUGAAUGCAUGAAUUUUUCUAAAGAGGAUUUUCUUUGGUAACCAUUUUUUUUUUCUGACUAGAUAGCAUGCCAUUAUAUGGCUGCAGUAAUUUAUUUAGUUGAUUAUUCCCAGUUUUUCACUACUUAAACACAUUGUUGGAGAAAUGUAAAAUCUGCACACCCAUCAUUAUUUCCUUAGUGUACAUUCCUAAAUGAUAAAAUUGUUAGGUUUUUUUAUGUGAAUUGCUCAAUUUCCCUCUGGAAAGGAUAUGCUGUUUUGCACUCCCACCAACAAUCUGUGAGGGUCCUUUUCCACACCCUAGCAAAAGGCAACAUUUAAAGGAUUUCUGUAGGAACAUUUUGGGGCCAUUUAUGUUCUUCUCCAACCAUAUACAGGUAUCCUUCUGUAGCUAUCGCUUUUUUUUCUUAUAAUUUGAUGGCAGUUCGGUUUCUCAUCUUCUAUUUUACCUUAGUAAAGAAGGGUUAUCUAGGUGAAGCAAAGACAUUAUAAAGUGAAGAGAUUUGUUUCAAGUCAAGACUUACUUGAAUUCUGGUAUAUUUGAUUACCCUGUACAACUCACUUAGCUUUUCUAAGGGACUGUUUCCUCAACUCUGAGUUAGAGAUUAUAGUGCAUUUGCCUUACCUUUCUUACAGGAUGGUGGUAAGGGUCAAAUGAAACAUUUAUGGAGAGUACAUUUAAACAGACUUUGUCUCAUUGCCAAUUAUUGCCAUCUUGUAAAAAUUACAGACUAGAAAAGCAUGUUGAUUUUUUAUGUAAAUUUGUGAAUUAAAAAAACUCUUCUUUGAUACCCUUUACCCCUACUCUUUCACUCCUUAAAUUUGAAGUUUUAUACUGCUGCCCUAGAUUAUAUUCAAAAUGAUAUCAGAGUUACAAAAUUAGGUGAAUGAAUGGAUCUACAAAUGUUCAAGGAAAAAAAUAUUUAAAAGCACUAUCUAUAUAUAAAGCUGAGGAGACAGAUAAAAAGCUAAAUAAAACACAGUCCUUGGGAUCAUGAUAAAUAAAACAUAGUCUUUGUGCCCUACAGGCUACAGAAUGUCCAGGCAGCUAGAGGGCAUAAAAGCUGCUUUCCAAAUUUAGACGGCAAUUUUAGCUGUGAUGCAGGAUGUCAACUAUUCUCAAGUGUGCUAAAGUCCAAUUCUGCUGACUGAGCAUCUGUGCAAAUGACCAGGCAGUCUCUUCGGAGUCAUCUUGUUGAAGUGUAAAAAGUGAUAGUGGUUCACGGUUCAAAGGAUGAAACGGUCACGCUCUAGAUCCCCCAGGUGGAAACACAGAUCAUUGUCACCAGUACCUAGAAAUACUGAACACUACAAGCAAAGACAUGAGCGUUAUGGCUAUGAAUAUAGGAAGGAUCCAAAAAGACCCAUCACUUGGAGAAUGGACAAUGAGAAACAUGGACAGAGUAAACCAAGAAUUCCUUCUCGUGAAAAUAUACAUUACCGAUCUUAUGAACAUAGAUCACCUUCCCCAAACAUAAGAAGAAACUCUUUAGAAAAUUUUUAUACUUAUAGGCCUCACCAAGUAUAUUUACCAGGAAGAGGGGAUAACAACAGAAGAUCUCAGUAUAUGUCCAAGUACUCAGAAGGUGUACUCUACAGUGAGCACCAGAGGAAUUGUUAUCCCCAGAAAGUACAAGGAAGGUAUAUUCCUGAUGACCACAGAGUUAGAGGAGAUGGAAAAGGAGGGAAACCAUCUCCAAGGUCAAUAGCAGAUUCUUUUAGAUUUGAAGAACAGUGGCAUGAAGACGAAUUGAGGCACCAGAGGAUACAAGAUGAAAAAUAUUCUCAGUCACUUAGAAGAGGCUCUGAAGAUUUUGAGAAAAGGAGCUCUUUUCAGAAGAGGUAUCCUGAGGAUCGUGAUUUCAGAAAAUAUGGACACACAUCAAACAGACCUAAAGACGUGGAGAGGUACGAAAACAGAGAGCCUGCCAGGAGCCUACAGUGGAAGUCCAGGCAUCUUCCUCCACCUUACCAAGAGAAGAAAGAUCCGCGGAACCUUGGACCCCAAGCUCAUCGACACGCUCCGAGAGAAUUCCCAGAGACCAGUUCGGCGGCCAAGAUAUCCUGUGACUAUCGCCAUAAACAUCGCAAGACCUCAGAUGGAGACCAGGAUUUUUCUGAUGGAAGAACUCAGAAGUACUCUAAGGAGGAAGACAGAAAAUUCAGUUCUCAAAAAGGCCCUGUAAAUAGAGAGUCCAGUUGUUUUAAUGCUGGAAGAGGGAGAGAGACUGAAAGUGGGCAAGUCAAAGAACCUUUUAAACCAUCCAGGAAAGACUGCACUGCCUGUACUCAUUCAGAUAAAUGCGAUGUUGGUUUGAGACCCUGUAAUGAAAAACGGAAGGACAAAAUAAAGAAAGAAGGGGCUGGCAGAAAAGACAGCAACUCUUCUCGUAACCAACCCGAUGAAAGUAAAAAACUUUCCAACGUGAAAUCUUCACCUGCCAUUCUUAGGAAGAAAUCACUUACAGUUAAAGUAGAUGUGAAGAAAACUGUGAGUGCAUCCAGGGUUGCUUCUAGCUAUUCCACAGAGAGACAGAUGUCACAUGAUUUGGUUGCUGUUGGCAGGAAAAGUGAAAACUUUCAUCCAGUGUUUGAACAUCUUGACUCAACUCAGAAUACUGAAAACAAACCUACAGGAGAAUUUGCUCAGGAAAUCAUAACUAUAAUCCAUCAAGUUAAAGCAAAUUAUUUUCCAUCGGCCGAAAUUACCCUACAUGAGCGUUUCUCAAAAAUGAGAGAUACACAUGCUGCAGAUGUAAAUGAAAUUAAAUUGAAUUCAGAUCCAGAAAUUCACAGGAGAAUAGAUAUGUCUUUGGCCGACCUUCAGAGUAAACAAACUAUGGUAUAUGACUCAGAACAGACUCUGGUCAAAAUAAUAGACCCAAAUGACCUACGACAUGACAUUGAAAGAAGGAGAAAAGAACGGUUACAGAAUGAAGAUGAGCACAUUUUUCACAUAGCUAGUGCUACAGAGAGGAAUGAUCAGCAUUCUAAUUUUACAAGAUUGAAAAAUACUCAUGUUGAUGGAUUCCAAAAACCUACAUGUUUUGUAAAAUCAAAUUUUAGAAAAUUUAUUCAAAAACCUUACUUGAAUUAUCAUACUAUGCAGAGAAAAGACAUCAUUACUCACAAACCAUUUAGAGAUGAGGAAAACCAUCAAAACCCAAGAGGCUUUAGAAGACCUUUUAAGACCAACUUUAGAGGUGGCAGAUUUCAGCCCCAAUAUAAAUCAGGCCUAGUACAGAAGAGCUUGUACAUUCAGGCUAAAUAUCAGCGUCUGCGGUUCGCUGGUCCAAGGGGAUUUAUCACUAAUAAAUUCAGAGAAAGAUUACUGAGGAAAAAAAAGGAAUAUACAAACAUUGUCCCAGCAAUCUAAUUUGGAAUUGUUAGAAAUGGAAACGACACUACAGGACGAUAUUUGGGAGCAUCUUUUUUUGUCAAGAGUUAGAAUUGGCACUAAAGCACUAAUACUGUAACUUUCUUGAUAAAAUAACUUUAUUUUUCCGUAGUGGAAUGCUGCAACUUUUUUACACUUAACAGUUGCUUUUAAAUUACAGUAUUCAAUUUAAAAGUUGUACUAAUUACAGCUUCUUUUGCAGAAAGUCUCAAAAGGGCAUUAUUUGUUGACGCAUUUUUCUCUGAGCAUGGUUUCAUAGAGAACUGAGUUAUAUCCAGACAUUUCUAUGUUGAAAGUUUCGCUUAUGUAAUAAAAAACAAAAACAAAAGUAUCCGAAUUGUAUAGUGUCUGUACAUGAAAGAACUUGAAACAGUGGCCUUAUGGUAGCAAUUUUUAUACAAGAUUUUUCUUUUUCUGAUGACAUUUUGGCUUACAACUUGAAGUUUUCUUAAGCUUCUGAAGAUCAAGGUCUAUAUAAUUCAUGCAUUUCAUAUUAUGACACAGGAAGGCAAGAGAAAAGGUGCUUCAAAUUUUCCAUCAGGUAGUUAUGAGUGCACUGAAUUUUUAGUAAUUGGUUCAUUCGGUUUUUUCCACAACUAUUUGCUCUUUUCCACUUUCAAAAUGCUCUUGUUGAAAAUCCAUAUUUUAUAAUCUGUAUUCCAUCUUUCUUUCCCUCAGGGCAAGCUUGUGCAGAUCAUAUUUUUAAAGGCUUUUAAAAAACUGACAAGCAAAAUCUCAUAUUGGAAACUGUACUUUACUAUUACAGCAUUACACAGUUUGCAAGCACAUACUCUAACAUGUUUAUCUUCAUUUUAGUUGUAUUGAGUACCUACUGUGUAUAAAGUAACACUGAUGGGACUUUAAAUGAUCUUCUAGGUCUCAGUACCUUAUUUCUUUAUGUUUUCUCUGUUCUGCUUGAUAGUGCGUAUACAUUCCCAUUUAAAUUUUUGUGAAAUGUUUAAUUGUAAUGAAAUAAAAUAUUGUUGCUCCUUC